AUGGCGUCCAAUAAUUCGAAGUAUUCUAGCACUCGCUACCAUGACGCGAGCCUACAAGAAUUUUUCAGUUUUGAGGAGGUGGUGCUUAAAGGACUAGCCUCCGAUGGCGGACUGUUCCAUCCGCAUGAGGUGCCCAGUGUUCGCUCAAGGUAUCAGGAAUGGAAGGAUCUAUCGUUCGCAGAGCUCGCAUAUCAAGUCAUCAGGCUAUAUGUCAACGAGCACGAAAUCUCUGACGACGAGCUUCGCUCCAUUGUCGACCGGAGUUACUCCACUUUCAGGCAUCCUGAUACCGUGCCUCUUGUCACGCUUGACAAGAAGAAUGACCUUCAUCUUUUGGAACUCUUCCAUGGGCCAACCUUCGCCUUCAAGGAUGUUGCUCUACAGUUUCUGGGAAAUCUCUUCGAGUUUUUCCUAGUGCGAAAAAAUCAAAAACUUGAGCAGGGACAGCCGAGGCACCAUCUCACAGUGAUCGGAGCGACAUCUGGUGACACGGGAUCUGCAGCAAUCUACGGCCUUCGGGGAAAGAAGGAUGUGAGUAUCUUCAUCACGUUUCCAGACGGCAAGGUGUCGCCCGUUCAAGAAGCGCAAAUGACCACCGUUUUGGAUCAGAAUGUGCAUUGUAUUGCCGUCCAAGGGACUUUUGACGACUGCCAGGACUAUGUGAAAGCACUGUUCGCUGAUCCAGAAAUGAACAAGAUCCACCAUCUUGCUGCGGUGAACUCGAUCAACUGGGCUCGAAUCUUAGCCCAGAUUACAUAUUACUUCUAUGCUUAUUUCCAACUCCUGAAGCAAAGGCCAGAGCUCCAGCAAGUCAAAUUUGUUGUCCCAACUGGCAACUUUGGUGAUAUACUUGCAGGGUACUAUGCAAAACGGAUGGGUCUUCCGGCGUCAAAGCUUGUAAUUGCGACGAAUGAAAAUGAUAUCUUGCAUCGGUUCUGGCAGACUGGGUCUUAUUCGAAAAAGGAGACACCGGCUAGGGAAGCUCACGAAGGACUCAAGGAGGACGGAGCCCAAGCACAUGAAGCGGGGGUCAAGGAGACAUUCAGUCCCGCGAUGGACAUCCUUGUCUCGUCCAACUUCGAGCGACUUUUGUGGCAUUUGACGCUGGAGAAUGAGUUGGAGAGGAACCCUCAGAAUAGAUUCGAAAUGUCGGUUCGCGCAGCAGGUCACAAGCUCCACGACUUGUUUCAGUCAUUGAAACAGACAGGAUCCUUCACCGUUGAACCGGAUGUUCUGGACAAGGCGAGGGAGAUCUUCAGUACGCACCGAGUCAGCAACGCAGAGACAUUGGAGACAAUAAGAGGAAGCUAUCAGGGCCAACUCAUUUCUAAGAAUAAGUAUGUUCUGGAUCCUCACUCGGCUAUUGGAGUGGCGGCGAGUUUGCGUGAAAUCACAACGACAGGAGCAAGUGAUGUGCCGACUAUCUCACUUGCAACAGCACAUCCUGCCAAAUUUGCAGGGGCGGUGGAAUUGGCGUUGAAGGAAGAAAAGGAAUUUGACUUCAAGACAGUACUACCUGAAGAAUUUGUUGGGCUGGACGCCCAGGAACGAAGGGUGUUGAAGGUAUCGAGUGAGGAAGGGCUGGGGGGCAUUCGGGACCUCAUUACCAGGCAGGUCGAGACGGAAAAAGCCUCCUUAAAAACUGCUGUCUAG